AUGGCGGAGGAGUACCGACAGCGCCUCGACAAUAACGUGGAGAAGCUGGUGGAGAACUUCAAGGGACUGGUCAAGACCGCCAAGAUCAAGGACUCGGCCAACACCACGCGCGAGUCGUUCCAGAGCUCCAUCUACGCCACGACGCUGGUCCAGGCCAGCGAGUCGCUGCUGAAGCUCGUGUCCGAGAUGAAACUGUCGCUGGCGCUGGGCGACUUCGAAGGCAUGAGCCAAAACGUGGACGCGACGUCGACGGAGCUGCUGAAGCGGUGUGACGACGUGGACGCGCACCUUUCUCACUUGAGUUCGGACAUCUCGUCGGCUCUGUUUGAGCUGGAAAACCACUUUUACCAGUCGAAAUGGAGACUGUCGCCUACGACGGACAAUAACGAGACGCGUAGCAACGAGACUUGA